GAAUCUGUUGCUGAUGCAAUUGAUAAUAAAAAUAUUAGAAAACCAACGCAAUUGAGAGAUUCAGAAUUUAUUAAGCAUUUAAAUAAUUUCAUGUCAAUGAAUUCUGCAGAUCAUAAUAAUUCCACUUUACUAUUAGAAAAACGAUUUAAUAUUGCAAUUACUAAUAUUGGUGCACUUGCUGGUGGAAUUAAUAGUACAAUCUAUUCAAUCGCGACAUAUUGUAUCUCAAGAGAUCAUAAACCAUCGGGUAUUUAUAAUGGAUUUACAGGAUUAACAAGACAUGAAUCGAUUAAUGCAUUAAAUUGGUCAGCAAUGAUUAACUGGAAUAAUACUAGUGCAUCUGAAUGA